UUUCACUUGUAUUCACAAACAAUAAGAAGAAGACAGAGAUAAAAAGCUAAACAAAAAUUUAUUAUUCGGAAAUUUGUUGCUUUAAAAAUUAGAAAAAACAAGACAAUUUGUUUUUUUAAAACAAUAGCAUGGACAGGAUUCUAACGCCAAAGUGUCACAUUUGUCAGGAAACCGAUUUUAGAGCUCUGUACUGCGAUGAAGUGUAUAAAGCCAGGGCUCCGAAAUCGCAAAAAACCAUUCUUGAUAUAAUCAGACACAUUUCUAGAGUUCUUAAGGUGACAUUCACUGUUCCGGCACGAGCACGGGUAUGUACGGUUUGUUAUAAGGAGCUAGUGCGAUAUGAUUGUUAUGUUGUGGAGCUGCUGGAAGUGCAGAAACGUUUAAGUGACAAAAUAAAUGCCCGCGUAAAAGGCAUUAAAUUGCCGAAGGCUCCAGGGAAUAAGUCGCCAACUGAUAAAGAUAAGAAAGUUAUAAAAGUCGAAGAAAUCAACUCCGAUGAUGAGGAUGAGGAUGACGAUGGUAAUGAGAAUGAAAUCGAAGCUAUUGAUGAUAGUGAUGAGGACGAUGAUGAUGCAUUUGAUGAUGAUAAUAUUUUUGUUGAUCCCGACAUAGAUACUGAGCCCUCAGCUAGUGGCCAUCAACAAGAGAAAGACAAGUCCGAAAAUCAACAAGACAAUUAUCCUUGCACAGUUUGUAAUUUAAAAUUAAAGAAUCAACGAGCCCUUGACUACCAUCUCGAUAAGGAUCACAAAAAUCGCGUAACCUGCACUGUGUGCGGUGUUCAAGUUCGUAACGAUGAGUAUUUAGUUCUACACAUGAACAUUCACAAUGGAAAAACCGAAAAUGAUUGCAGUUUUUGUGACAAAUCUUAUGCUCGCCGUGUAAAUGUAAUACGCCACAUGCAAGUACAUUUCAAUAAGAAAAAACACCAGUGUGAACGUUGCGGCAUGUUCUUUUCCCAAACGACCAUUUUCUAUAAUCAUCGUUUGCAACAUGAGGCCGAAGAUAAUCCGCUUAUAUGCCCGGUGUGUUCGCAAACCUUUAAAACUAUACGCACCUAUAAACGACAUAUGGUCACACAUCAAGAAGAUCGUCCACGUUACAAUUGUGAAUUCUGUGGCAAAGUGUUUGUUGACAAGUACACACUCAAAAUGCACGUUCGCACUCAUCACACUACUACUGCAGCUGGUGACGAAUCACAGGAGCAGUCUGCGACCCCAGCCCAGAAAAAGGCGAAGACCGCACCGGCAGAAGAGGCAGAUCAUGUUAUAUUUACUUGUGUCAUUUGUCAGCAUAUAUUCGUUAGACAAGAUUUAUUUGCGGAUCACAUGCAAAAUGUUCACGAUGUUGUUAUGGAUUCGUAAGCAGAAAGUGUUUAUGAUAAUAAUUUUAUUUAGAAAUAAGUUUCCUUUAAAGUACAUAAUACACAUGCAUAGGUUUAGUUUAUUAAUAAAAGAAAAUGUUGCAAAAACAA